AUGGACCUAAGGAGGAACAAGGAAGGGGAGGUGCAGCCUCACCUCGGGAAGGAAGGGAAGAGGCCACCCGCUCGAAGGAGUAGCCAUAGGGGAAGAAGAUGCCGGCGGUUCCCUGCUGCCGACGAGGUAGAGGAAGACGGCGGGAGCUCCGGGGCCGAGGCAUUGACGCACUGCUGGCCGUCGCUGUGGUCGCCCCUCGUCCUCAACGCUGGAGGAGAGAUUGAGGUUGGUGCUACUGGCACUACUGGCUGUGCUUGGUGCUGGUUGUUGUUAGCUGAGCUGAAGGGUUACAUCCUGCCUAGGGUGUCCCGGCGUUCUACAGGUGGCUGGCGGACCGGUACCCACAGACGGUGUCGGACGCAGAGGAGGAGGAGCCCGUGGAGCUCGAGCCCGGGGCCUUCGUCCCCGUCGACCCCCAGGGGGUUCCAUGUUGUGACCUUCACCCUCCCCAUGUCUGACAUCGUCAACUAUAAUGUGAAAGGGAAGGCCGAGAAGAAUGUGGAGUUGCUCUCGGAACACCUUGCGGAUUGGGUCAGGGAGGAGGAUGGGAAGAAUAUUGUUUUCCAUACUUUCAGUAACACCGACUGGCUUUGCUAUGGUGUGAUACUGGAGAACUUGCAGCGGCAGGAUCCUUCGGCGGUGGAGAAAAUCAAGGGUUUCGUAAUCGAUUCAGCGCGUGUUGCUGUCCCGGACUCUCAGGUGUGGGCACUAGGUUUCUCGGCUGCUAUCAUGAAGAAAAACAGCGUGGCAACGAAAGGAGCUGUAUCAAAUGAUACAAGGUCUCACGUCAUAGUUGUGGAGUCUCAAAAUGAUAUCAGACCAGCAGCUACUAAGGCUGUUCUACUAUCUGCGUUGGAGAAGUUCUUCGAUAUUGUUCUGAACUAUCCGGCCAUAAAUAGGUAUGCAGCUGAUCCACAUAUGCAGGUGUCUUGUGCAUUUUCAGCCUUGUGGACAAUAUCCAAAUUCUCUAAGCCUUUUCAGUAUAUCUGUUUUUAA